AUGAUGCUUUGUCCUAUUAUAAUUAUAGACAGUUCACCAUCGAAAUAUCCUCAAACUAGUAAAUUGUUACAUUCUUCUACUGCUCAUCCAAUCACAACAGAAUAUUUGCAUGAUAUUGUACAUCCUCGUUGUAUGGUCAAUGUUGAAUUAUAUCAUUAUGAUCCAUCGGUUACAAGCAUAUUGACACCGAGUCGGGGUGAACUUAUUCGCUAUGCUAUAGAUCAAUAUGCUAAUGGCUCAAUGUUAGUUAUUUUGGAACCAGGUGUUCAGUUACCAGUUAAUUGGGAUUCCGCAGUGUAUUAUACAUUACAGAGACCAGGUGUUGGAAUGGGUUGUUUCGCCUAUCGACUACACUUAGAUGAUAAAUAUAUUCAUCAGAAGAGUGUUUUAUGGGCAUUAAGUUGUUGGCUUGGAAGUUGGAUUGUAAAUGUACAAACAAAUUGGUCUGGAGUACCAAUAGCUGGACAACCUCAUUUUAUCUAUUCACAUUAUUUAAAAUGUAUCAAUGGUUAUCCACGUUCAUGUCGAGCAUUUCAUGCUAUUGAUCUGGCGUUAAAAUCACAUCAAUAUUUGGGUGAUGUAAUUCGUACACGUAGUAGAACAGCUGCGGCUGGUGUUCCAACUGAUUAUCCAUUAAGACAUGGUGUUUAUUAUACUGUAUUAUAUACAGGAUUGCUAGGGAUUGCACGUUAUUUAGGCGCUACAGAAGUUCAAUUGAAAUGGGCAUUAGAAAAAUUUCCUUCAUAAUCCAAUGUAGAAAUUAUGCGAAAAUAAAUGUUCAUAUUAGAUAUGAUGGAAUGACUUUCUGUCUGACAUAUUUCACGCCUAAUGUAUAGUUUUCGUAUUGAAAUACUUGUAAUAUCGUUUUUUUCGUAUCGGUUAGUCAGGGUGGAACGAGCUAUUAAAAUAUCUUUAAGCUCUCAAUAAUUUGAGUUUCUUUCAGGAUUUGUUUCUUUUCUCAUGUAUUCUUUUUCUGCUCUUGAAAAUUUUAGUUGUUUUUUUCUGAAAAGGAAGUUUUUUUACUGUGUAUAGAGAAAAAUAUAGUUUUUGAUACUUGAACUGUAUUUUUCUUCUUGAAAUGAUGAAGAUUUGCAGCUUAAGUGUAUACUUUUGGUAUUAUGUAGUUCUCUCAGGUGGAUGGUUUUAUCACGGAGCUUUCAUUGUCAUUCUGGACAUGAUCAUCUGGGUUAACCUGAUGUAGAAGUGAGCUUAGUCAUUUCACGAGUUUCAAAACCAGUUUGUUCUGGUGACCUUGUUUGUGAUUCUUGAUAAGUGUAAGUUUCAUUAUCUUCGUUUGUCCCUGUGUUCAAGUUGUCUGUCCCGCCCCACUGACCGUUUUCAAGUAGAUUAGUUGAUCGGGUUUGGUUCGACAGGUUUAUUGAUUACUGAUUGAUCUGUUCGUUACGCAUCCAGAAAUUCUCUGAUACAUAAUUUCGACAUUUUCCCUAUGUCUUCCGCAAAUAUAACUACCUCAUUGAUUUCGUUAAAGUGUCCGAUUAACCGACUCGUCUUCGCCAAAUAAACCACAGAAACCACGAAAUGGGUAAUUAAACCAUACGGUAAAAAAUCCCAGAAAUCAUCAUGGGGAUUGGUAAAACCCUUUGUAAUCAAUGUAGCCCAUAAAUCGACACCAUCACCCCUAUUUUGUUCAAACCAGAGAGGAUCGUGGCGUUUACUAUUGCUGUUAUUGUUCCUUUUUAAUGACAAUAAAAAUAUCUAGGUAACGGUUGUUUGCAUGAGUCAUGCAGCUUGUGUCUCAGCUUUCAAGCAUCUAUUCUCCAGAUUGAACUGCAUCUUACUUAUUUUGAUUACGACUUAGUACAUAAACCUGUGGCUAGAAAAUGAGUGGCGCAGCGUGUUAUUUCCUUGUAUUCAUUGAUCUUUCACAAUGAACACUAACAAACUUUGUGUUUUUAUCAUACCAUUGAUGUUAAUAACUGCAAAUUAUCAAUCACUUUUAGCAAAUAUACAUCCUAAAAAGACUGCCUCGAUAUCACCAAAUAUUCUUAAGCAUUUUAAAGUUGGACGGUGAUUAUCAGUAGGAUUUAGGACGUCCGUUCCGUCCUAUUUGAGACUCAUCACUUACAGGCACCUGCUUCCCAGUUUUGUGUUCACACUGGAACUCCACACCACUACGUUUUGCUUCAAACAGGAUAAAACGUGUGUCCUAAAUUCCGAAUUCACUGAAUUAACCAAAACUGUUCAUAUUUAAAUAGGUCACUACUAUUGAAAUGGCGAGGCUAUCUGUUUAGUGCUCAGUUGUGGUGAGUUCAUCAUUUAACAUUAUGGCAAGAAUGUUUUAACACCGUGGUUGAUUAUUUUUGAAUUCUGUGGUUAAUGAGAUGUUUUGAUACUAUGUUAAAUGUUAUCAAAUUGAUACCAACCUAUUUUUCAUAAGGAUGUCUAAUAACUUAACUAUCCAGCUCAGAGAAUGAAACUCCUGAGCUACAAAUCAUCAUCCUAACUUACUAUAUAUUUUCCCACCUUAAAUUCAUAUAUAUCAGCGAAUAGUGCCUUCAUAGAACUUGCAUUCAUAACACUACCUAUUCAUAUUGAAUAAUUUAUUUUGGAAAAAGAAACACCGUUUUCCUCCCACAUAUCAAAAUGAAAUGAUUUGAAAAUGAUAAUCAAAUUUUGCUUAUAUUGAUGUAGUCACAAUUGAAAUAAUCAUUUUUAUGUCCAGAGCAGAUGUAUGUAGACUGUGACUGGUAUUUCACAUGUUCCAUGCAAUAUCAUUGAGAAAUAUCCAUAUAUGUUUAACAAUGAAGUGACAUAAAACUAUUUCCGACAAACAUGACACGUAAAAAUUUUCAUUAAAUAUGCUUUGCAGUAGAUGACGUUGAUUUUUAUUUGGUAGGUAAUAUUUCUGUUUAGUCAUUUUUUCCAAUGUCCCUGAUCAGUGUUGGACUAAUACUUAUGAGUGAUGUAUAUAGUGACUAAUUUUGUAAAUUAAAUUCUAUACUACAUAGAUUGCACUAUAAAGCAUGUUAAUACAAAGAGGUUCCAUAUUGUAUGAACAAGAUUCAUUCUCCAACUUUAAUUUUAUCGUGGUUAUUAAUGUCAACUGAAAUUUUAGACAGAUGAAAUUGAGAAAUGGUCUUGAGAACAUGAAGGGAAAGGGUGUUGUUUAUGCAAAAUAACAAGGUGUUUAGAAGUUUUAAUGUCACGCAGCUUAUGAGAAUAAUCAUUUUCAGGAAUAGAUAUGUCAACGGAGUUGCAGGAUUUGAAGCAUUGGUAUUUUAUUUGUUCUCUUUGUAAUCCGACACUUCGGCAGACAUCCAUCCGUUUUGUUUUUAUUUGGUCUUAUUGAGUGCCCUAUCUGGUGUUACCUAUAUUGUGGUUGGUACGGAUUUUGACGGCAUAUCAAAUAGAAAUAUGAACGUUGUUUUUUAUUGACAGUAUUUCUAGAUUUGUUGUUCAAUUAUAUUGUCGAAGUCAUAAUCUUCCUGUGGAAAUUAUUGAAGCUAUUGUUUGAUGUCUAUAUAUUUUCAUCCUGAUUAAUUGUUUCGUUCAGAUUUCGAGUUUUGCCAGUCGGUGGAAGAUGAAUACAUGUAUUCCCAAUAAUUGGUCGAAAGCCUACUAACUGCAACAAAUGUAUCAGAAUGGUGGAGAUUUUCAGCUGAUUCAGAUUCAAUUCAUGUUGUAAUCUCUUCUUCGUGGUUGAAUCGAUGAGCCACUUCAUAUAGUACUUCAUGAGUUAGGCACUGAUGGUAUUCACCAGACAGACAACAAAAAGUUCCACUGUUAAAUCAUCUAGAUCAUGGAACACAUCAUGGAAAAUUGUUUCCCGGAAAUUACUGGUAUGCUGAAAUUAAAAUUAAGUAGUAAAAUUAGUUACAUAAAAUAAAAGCCUUACAUUUGGGGAUAAGCUGAAAUCAGACUGCUUCGUACAUGAAACAAGUAAAUUUCUAAAGAGAUCAUGCUAGAUAGGUUGUUUUAUUAUCGCAGUAAGUUUCUGUUACGAAUCACGAAAAGGAUGAAAAUGUUUAUGUGUUGUGAAUAGUGAAACGAUAAUUUAUUCAUCCUUUUACUUGCUAAUUGACCAAUAUUUCAUCAGAUCAACAACCUAUAUCUCUAUAUUGAUU